GCAAAAAUGAUGCUGAUUUUUGUUAUAUAUAUUUUUAUAUAAUUUUGUUGGUUAUUGAUUGUUUUUAGUAUACAUGCAAUACACUUUCACAAAUAUUCUUACUUAUGUUUAUAAAUAGAUAAAGAUAUAAAUAUGUGCUUUCACAUUUCCAUUUGUAUUAUCAAUCUUAUUGUUUAAAAUUUAUUGACAUGUAAGUUAUAACAAACAACAAAGAGAGAAUAUAAAAGAGGUUGGUGUAUACAAAACAACCGAUUAAUUAAUUUUAAUAAAAUUAAUUCAACAAGUCUUUCUUUAAUUAUUUAUUUUCUUAUUAUUAUUUUAAUUUUAAGAUAGAAAUUGUAAACAUAUUAUACGUAAUUGACAACUUGUAAAACUAUUUUAAAUUUUUUCUGUUUUUUUGUUUCUUACCCUAUAUGAAAGAGACAAAAUAUUAACAAGAAAAUAUUACAAUAAUAAUAAUAAAUUAAAUUAAUUAACGAAGAAAGACUUACAAGUAAUAAUAUAUAGAAGAAAAUCGUAUCACUCGACCAAGAACUAUAAAUAUAUUUAUAUAUAUAUCAUCAUUGAUGAUCAUCAAGUUGUUAAUUAUAGCAAAUUAACUAGCUAGGGUUUAUCAUUAAUCUUAGCAUAAUGAAUGAUAACCAACAACCAAUUACACCCCUUCCUAAGGGAAACAAAUCAUUUGUUCCUCAAACUGAUCAAAUUGAUCAAAAUUCUUCUUCACCAACUACAAUCAUGCCAAAAGGUUACCAAUCAUUCACCAUGCAGAAUCCGUCGCCGCCGCCACAACAGACACCAACAGCAAACUUGGGCUCACCAGUGAUUAUGGCCAAUCCAGCUCAGUCUAUGACCACCCCAUUUGUCACCUCUGCUCCUCCAGCACCACCAUCAUGCACUGAUAUGCCCGCGCAGAUGCCUCGACCACCAUACUAAUGGGAGUCUUCUACAACACUUGAUGAUUUGAAUGUAGUGUCUCUUAGCUACUUUCAAAAAAAUAUGUAAGUUUGGGUGUGGUUUUGAUUUGGUUGUUUCUCUAAAUUUGGAGAUUAUAUAUUUCUCUAUAUUUUACAAUAAUGUUUCUCUUGCUUUGAUCACAAAAACUUUGUUACAUUGAGAGGUACUAUAUACUAUUGGUCUGUGUGCUUGGCCCAAUUAUGUUUGUGGCUACAACUUGAAUUUUUUCUAAUAAUUAUGUGUGGAAUAAGUGGCCUUAUUUGUUAGUAGAUUACAAAUUAUUUUACU